AUGCUCGAGCUCCUCCGCCCCGUCAGCGUGGGCGGCGGGCACCUCGCAAUCCUCGACUCGUCCUUUAACCCGCCCUCAGCAGCGCAUCAUGCGAUUGCCUCUUCUUCUUUCCCCGGACAUCCCGGCUGUGAGCGAGUGAAUUACACGGCCCGCCUCUUGCUCUAUUCCCCGCGGAACGCGGACAAAGUCCCCGGCAGCACGGAUGCGACGACCGAGCAGCGAUCAGAGAUGAUGCGCCUGCUCGCUGAUCACAUGAGCGGCUCAGGACAGGAGACGGGCGCGGCGCUGCUAGCGCUUCCGACAUUUGCACAGAAGGCCGACCACCUCGCGCAGCACUUCCCAGAUUCGCACCUCACCUUCCUCGUCGGCACGGAUACGCUCACAAGAGUUUUCGAUCCGAAGUACUACGAUGACAUGGACAGGGCUCUCGAUCAUCUUUUCGAGCGGGCACACCUGGUCUGCUGUGCUCGCGGCGCUGACGCUGACGCUGUCCUCAACGAGCACCCUAAGAUCCGCGACUGGGCUCAGAAGGGGAACGUGCGCUUCAUCGAGGCUGUCGGCGAAGUCAGCUCGACUGCGAUUCGACGCGCCGUCCAAGAGGGCAACUGGGAGCUGGCUGAGCGUCUCUGCGCACCCGGCGUCGGCGAGUACGUUCGGCAAGAGGGUUUGUACCGAUAG